GGCUUCGAAACCCACGAGGAGCUGAAGUUCAGGGUGAUUGCCUUCCUGGAGGAGGUCAUUCACGACCCCGAGCUCCUGACCCAGGAGAGGAAAGCGGCUGCCAACAUCAUAAGGACCCUGACACAGGAGGAUCCAGGAGACAAUCAGAUCACCCUGGAGGAGGUCGUGCAGAUGGCGGAGGGAGUGCGGGCAGAGCCCUUUGAGACCCACUCGGCCCUGGAGAUCGCGGAGCAGCUGACGCUGCUGGAUCACCUGGUCUUCAAGAAGAUCCCCUACGAAGAGUUCUUUGGGCAAGGUUGGAUGAAGCUUGAGAAGAAUGAAAGGACUCCUUACAUCAUGAAGAACACGAAACACUUUAAUGACGUCAGCAACCUGAUCGCCUCGGAGAUCCUGCGGAACGAGGAGCUGGGGGCGCGGGUCAGCGCCAUCGAGAAGUGGGUGGCGGUGGCCGACAUCCGCCGCCGCCUUGCUUCCUCAGCUCCUCUGGACAUCAAGCAGCUGGACAAGGGUGGCAUGUCCCAGCAGGAUGAGGAUGACCCUGGGGCUCUGCAGCCUUCACCCUGCCUGGCCACAGGAUGGGGGUUCCUUCCAGGGCCUUCUCCAGGUGUCACUCUGGGUCUCUUGCAGACGAAGGCUCUGAUCGAUAAGCUGCAGAAGCUGGUGUCGUCGGAGGGCAGGUUCAAGAACCUGAGGGAGGCACUGAAAAAUUGUGACCCCCCGUGCGUCCCCUACCUGGGGAUGUACCU